GACGAAGAGUAGUUCUGAAAUCGAAAGUUACGCGUUCCUUCUUCGUGAUCCGUUAAGAAAAACCGCGAGUGUCAAUAAAGAUGAAGUGUUUCAUUGUGAUGUCUUUGAUGGUUGUGGGCUGUGCCCUCGCCCAGAACUUCGACGAUGGUAAAUACCGUCCAGAUAUCCUGAACAGCAAAUACGACGAUGGCCAGUACCGUCCAAAUGGCGGCGGUGCCUACACUGGCAGUGGAUCUUCCAACCGAGGUGGCUCUGGAGGAUCAGGAUUCGGAGGUGGAUCAGGAUUUGGCGGUGGUUCAGGAUUCGGUAGCGGUUCCGGUUUUGGAGGUGGUGCUGGAUUCGGUGGUGGCAAUGCUAACCGAUUCCAGGCUGCUCCCAUCGUUGUAGCUGCUCCAGUCGUUGCUGCCCCGGCUCCAGUUCCAGUGUUCGCUGCUCCAGUUUCCGGUGGAUUCGGAACCCGUGGUGGAAGCGGAUUCGGCUCAGGCAGCGGAAGCGGAAACACCAUCGGAGUCAAGGAAGAUACCCGUGACCUGAACGAAGAUGGAUACAACUACCGCAUCCUGACUGAGAACAACAUCGACUUCGCCGAAUCUGGCCGCAUUGAGAACCGUGGAAGCGACAACGAAGUGCUCCGUGCCAAGGGAUACUACGAAUUCGUUGCCGAUGAUGGUGUCAAGUACCGCGUCGACUAUGUUGCCGAUGAGAAUGGAUUCCAGCCCACCGGAACCCAUCUGCCAACUCCACCCCCAAUCCCAGAGGAAAUCCUCCGCUCCCUGCAGGUUCUGCGAGCCAACUAA